GUCAGCUAGGGCAGCCAGGGCCUCAGAAAGGUGGGUUUGAGGGAGGGCUGGGGUGCUGUUUUGUGCUUGAGCCCCUGCACAGACCUGUAAAUCAGCUUGCUGCAUCAGUGGCAGCAGUCAGGGGCAGCUGAGCAGCUUUCUCCCAAGCAGUGAAUAAUCCAGAUGACCACAGUGGGAUGUGAGCUGCGAGUUCAGCUCAGCUUCAGGUGCCCUGGAAGGAGCACAGGGGCCAGAGCUGCAGCCACAUGCUGCCCCCCAACCCCUUGGGCUGGACAUCUCCCUGCAGGCUCUGCUUCCUCCCCGCUGAACAGGUGAGCUGCUCCUGGAGCCCCUGCGCUGCCCAGAUGAAGGCGCUGGAAGGGAACCCCCCCGGACCGGGCGAGGAGGGGGCGCAGGGAGCGGCCCCGGGGCGCCGGCGGCGGCAGCGGCAGCGGGCGAGCUGCCCAGCCAGCCCCUCACCCCGCAGGGAGCAGCAGGCAGAGCUGGCCGGGCUCCCUCCAGCUCCGGAUGAAGGCAGGAUGAGCAGUGCCCAGGGACACCCGGCUGGGGCUUUGGCCAGCAGCCAGCAGAGCGAGGAGCAAGUCAGCGAGGAGCCAGGCAGGGCUGUGCAGGAGCAGCCUGUGCACCCUGGGGACAGUGACACGACUGGAGGAGGUGCAGAAACCCUGGAGGAGCCGCUGCUGAGUGUCCCCAGUGAGCUCUCAGUGCUGGACAGGCUUGGCUUGCACAGGGCAGCUUUGGCCGAGCAGGAUCUGGAGGCAGCCUUUGCCCACCUCGCCCUGGCUUUUCGCUGCGACGUGUUCACCCUGCAGCAGCGGGUGCAGGUGGAGAAACGGGCACGGGAUGCAGCAGAGGAAAGCAUCCAGGAGGAGCUGGGGCAGUGCCGGGCUGCCCUGGAGAGGCUGGGCCAGUGCUGUGCCAGUGCAGGCUGCAAGGAGACGCUGCAGCAGCUGCAGCACAACCUGGCCGUGCUGUCAGCGGCUGUUGAGCGGGCAACCAGUGCUGCAGAGAAACUGGGGGCUGUGCACCAGGAGGCCCGGAUGAGCCGAGCAGCAGAGGUGAUGGUGCAGCACGUGGAGAACCUGAAGCGGCACCACCAGCGGGAGCACGCGGAGCUGGAGGAGAUGAAGCGCCUGAUCCAGCAGAACUCCCGCAACCGGCAGCUGGCAGAGACCCAGGAUGAUGUGGAGCCACGGCUGAGACCUCACCCCCUGAAGAGAACCUUCCAGCAGGGCUCUGCCCGCCGCAGGGUCAGCAUCGCCGUCAUCCCCAAGCAGCUCCUGGUGCCAGCCCUGAGAGCCCAGCAGCCCCAGAAGGUGACCUGGAGCCCGAGGGGGCCCAGCGCUGGCCCAGCACCCACAGGAGAGAGCUGGAGCCCCAGGGCCAGGACAGUGCCGUGACAGGGAAGCUGGUGGCAGAGGCAGAUGGCAGAGGCUCGAGCGCGGGGAACGAGGAGCCGGAGCAGCUCGGGCUGACGUCCAAGGGGUCUGCAGCGGAGCUCUGGCGUCCAUGGCUCUCCUUCCCACAGCACUACUGGGUUUUCUUCUGGCUGCUUCUCCUGAGCAUCGCCUUCCUCCUCCUCGUCCGUGCCCUGGAGCUGCAGCGGGUGCAGUCU